AUGAAGCUCUCCAUGAGGCUGAGCGACGUGCUUGCCAACUGCAGCACCAAGAAGGUGGACAAGGAAUGCAUAGAACACAUGAAAAACAUUCUCAGUGAGAAAAACAAAAAAAGGGAAGACCAAAGAAAGGAAUUGUUCGAAUUUAUGGCCAACACCAUUUAUGAAGAUUUAGAAAGAGAUAUUUUAAAAAUAAGUAUUUCGAACUUGGAGGAAAAAAAAAAAAAAAUUCUGUUCCACAAUUUGAGAAAGCUGUUCAAAAUUCUAAUACACUUUGAACAGGACAAUGCCGACCUCGACGUGCUGUCUGAUUUUCUCUUCUACUUGUUUAAGUACAUGCGUAGAUUGAACGUAAAGAAAUGUUACAAAGUGGUGAAGAAGGUUACUAAGGGGGAUAUCUCCCCGUCUGGUAAGGCUGAUAAUGCUGACGAUGUGAAUGCUGACAAUGCUGAUGAUGUGGAUGCAGAGAAUGCUGACCAGGUUGAGAAGGUAGACAGUGUGAAUCAGGCGGAGCAUGUUGGCCGGGCGAAGAAGACCCCCUUCCGAAUGAUGCCCUUCCUGCUUAGGAGUAACAUCCUCAUCUAUUUGGAAAUUCUAAAGAGAGAAGAUAGCAAGAACUUACUUCCUGACGAACACUAUUUUUAUCAAACCGUCAAGAGCACCAUGAUGAGCAAGAAGUACAUAUUGAUGUUAAGUCAAGUUGUGGGGAAUGCAGUGACAAGCUUUCCGAAUUUUCCUUAUUUUAUCGACACGACAUUUAACUUAUUCCUUUACGUAAAAAAUAGCUUGGUUCCAUUCUUCCUAAAAAAUAUGUACAAAAGAAUUACAGAUGUAUUUCAUCUAAAACAAAAAGAAAUGAACACAAAAUUUACAGUGAAAAAAUAUUACGGGUUCUUAUUUUAUGUAUACUUUCUAUACAAAUUGAAGAUCAUUACCUUUUUGCAUUUGAACCCUAGUACCACCUGUGGGUUGCUAAAUGAUUCUGUCCAAUUGAGGGCAAUCUUGGAUUUAUACUCCCACGUUUUGAAGGACUACAGAAAUGUUUUGCACUUGUGCUUCACAGUUAUAAGUAACAAGAAAAACAACAAAACGGUUAUGAACACCUUCUGCUUUGCCAUCAUCUACUUGGUAAAUCUCCUCCAUGCUAACCAUAACGACAUCAUGGAUGCCUUCCCAGAUAGCGCAAAAAAUAACUCUCCUUUGUUUAAAAAAUAUAAGGAUGUGUUUUCCAUGUAUCACAAGGUGUUCGAUGCCCUGUUUAAACUGAACGAGGAGCCUGCCUUCAGUCUAUCUAAGGUGAAACUCGCCGUACUUGGCAACCUCUCCUCCGGCAGAUUCAAUAAUCAUUUCCUAUCGAAAAGGGAGAAACAACGGAAGGAGAAAUGGGCACACAGACAGAAUUAUGCCACCAAGGAAGGGGAGACAAGAGACGGGCAGAAUGCUCAUCGAAAUAAUGCAGAUCAGAAUGAGGAAGAUUCCCAUAGGAGCAAUUUGCACCGCGGAGCCAACCACUUGAUCACUGAGUGGCUAGCCAAGAAGAAAGGCCACCUGAGCAAACAGGAACUGGUGCAGUUAACAUAUAGAACUUUAACUGAGCACGACUACUCCUGCUAUAUCGUUUUCUCUUUCCUGAAUAUGCUGACGAGGAAAUUUAUAAGGUUGUAUGACUUCCCCCCCAUCCUACACGAUAUUGUUUUUUACAAGCCUUUCCGCAUUAGCGAGAUUAUUAGGGAGGAUUCCGUUACGAGAAACAAACAAAGUGGUAAAAGUAUUAAGAACGACAGGAACAUUGUGUCUGCGCAGAAAAUUCCAACAACGGAACUAUCCAACAUCCUCUACAACAAUGCCUUUUUGAAUUUGCUGAAAGAUAAACUGUGCCUUUACCUGAACAUUGAUGGGAAUAUAUUGAAUUUGUUUUUUAUCAAUGAGCUGUACAAGUUUGUUAAUAACAAGGAUUUGAAUUACAAGAACUUGCACUACCUACUCGCCCACGACACGGGCACCACGUACCACCGGAUGAAUGUCCUGUUUCUGUUGCAGAAAAUUGUCCUGCGCAAUGUGCUCAGGUACGCCCUCUCUCUGGGUGACGAGGAGAAAAACCAACAAAGGAUCAAUGACCAGAAUAAUGACCAGGAGAACGAUCAGGAUAGGGUUGGCGACCGAGUGGAUACUGCACACAUGCACACCGGGAAACCGAACCAACUGACCCUUCUCUUCGACAAGCAAAACAAAAAGCUGAAAAUGCUUAACAUGAACGAGUUCGCUCUAGGCACCAAGGAACUCAAGGCCGCCGCGGAGAAGAAGGAAGAAAAUACAUUCACCAUUUUGAAGAGCAUCGAUUUUGUGGACAUGAACGGAAAUACUCAGAAGAGAAACCUCCAGUUCGACAUGAACAUAAUUAACAUCGCCGUAAAUCAGCUAAACAGGGAAAGCUUCACUAUAUUAAAAUCGCUAAUCUCAUUGCAAAAUAAGAAUAAAGAUCAUACGAAAAUGUACUUGAAGAAUUUACGCUCUCUUGAAAUUUUACUCAAAUGCACAUACAAUUUUGUGAACAAAUUUUUGGCCAUAAUUCACCUGACCAAGUCAGGUGAAAAAUGCAUACUCUGUUGUAACGGCAAAAGGCAGAACAUUUUAUGCACAGAAAAUUAUUAUGAGAAAGUUAAGAAUAAGAAGAAGAAGAUAAAGACAACGGAAAGUGAAGUAUAUCUACAAUUUGAACCAACGUUUGGCAAAAUAUGUGCCAAAAGAAACAACUUCCUAGUUGUAAAAAGAAUUAUUAAAUUGUGCGUUUCGAUCAUGAAGAAGGGAAAAGAAGACCUCGCUGAGGAUAAGCAGAAAAGACGACAUUGUAACGUUCAAACGGUGGAACUAUCCAAAGUUAUUAUUUUCCUUUUUAACCUUUUGAUAUUUCACAUGACGCAUACUUUAAGUAAUGCGGUGCAAAAAAAAGGAAAUGACUCCAAGGUGAACAGGAAGAAACUCCAGAAAAGAUAUCGAAAGAUUUUCCUGGAUGCCAACGCUUUGGUGAAAAUGGCAAAUGUCCACGACUUCCGAGGACCCCUUUCUGACGAUUUAAAAAAACAGAUGAUCAUUUUUUCGAAGAAUUACGUGCCCCUAAGUAAGUUGCUAAGCUGCAGUGCGUACAAAAAUGAGUUUUUACUUUUCGCAACGCACAGCUUCCUGCCCGAGAACAGAAGGAAGAGUUUGAAAUUUUCCAGGCGCAUGCACAGGCGGUUGAAGGAGGUAUCCCCGAGGGAUAUGAUCGAGGAGGGACCGACGGGAAAUGAAGAAGAUGGUGACCGAAAGGACGGUCCAACGGAUGGUCCAACCGACGGUUUAACUGAUGACCAGACCGAUCACCAACCGGACAACCAAGCGGAAAACCAACCGGACGAUCGAACGGACGACCGAACGGAAGAUCCACGGGAGGGAAGGGACGAACAGACGGACGAUCCAAACGAGGAGCGAGACGACCAAAGCGACAUCGUCGUGACGAAUAACUUCCUGUUGGAUAUAUUGGCGGAGGACCCCAAAAAAGAGGAGAAAAAAAAAAAGCAGAAGAGCGAAAAUUUAGCGGAGAAAAAGGAACGCACAGAUCUUUUUUACGACAUCAUGUAUCUGCUGAAGCAUCUGAAAGGGAACUUGAAGGAACAGAGUGCCGAGGACACCGUAAGAACGUUAUGCUACGUGGCCUUAUCCCUGGCAGUUAUCUCGCGCAAGAUGAAAAUGAGUGCGCGCUUGUGUGAGCAGUUGGGCGGGGGAAGCGAUGAAGGUAGCGGUGAAGAAGGCACCGAUGAGGAGGAUGACGAAGCCGCUGAAGAAAAAACGGACGAAAAGGAGGAAGAAAAAACGGACGAAAAGGAUGAAGAAAAAACGGAUGAAAGGGUUGAAGAAAAAACGGAUGAAGAGGUUGAAGAAGUUGCUGAAAAAGUCGUUAGAGACACCCCGCAGGAAAACGCUGAGGAAGAUUCUGAAGAAAUAACCGAUGAAGAAGGGGCCACUGAGGAAGCCGACGCAGCCCAGCCUAGCCGUGACGGUGAGGCCCUCCCCCAAUCGCGCCCCGCCAUGUACGCAGCGGACCUGCGUACCUUGGACAAACAAAUCAAGCACAUCAUGAUGAGCUUCAAAGUGAAGAAAGAUAUUGUAGCGCACGACAGAAACAGAUUGAUAGAACUGAUAAAAAACGGCGUCGUAAAAAUUGUGAAGAUAAUAAUAAAGGAAACAAAAAAUACAGAACUUUUAAAAAUUAUGAUAAAAUGUUUAGAGCAUUAUAACAUGAUUGAAAGUAGAAUAACCCGUAAGAGCCACAUAGUGAUUAAUUAUUUACUGGAGUUUUUAAAAAUUAUUUUCUUCUUUCCACAAUUGAGAAAUUGCUAUUCAAGAUACUUAAGCAUAUUCUUCAAAAGCGCCUUUGUAAGGUACUUAAAUAUCAGCGAACUUUUUAACGGAAUGUAUAAGAAGCAUUUUGCAAACAUAAUUAAUAAAUUUGCAUCCGAUUUUGAUGUUACCUUUUACCUGAACGGUCAGGUAAAAACAGAAAUCAUCCAAUUGGAGGAAAGGGAAUUUAUUUCAAGACAGCUUAUGGCGAUUUUCCAACAUUGCAAUAAAAAAAAAGUAAACAGAGUUAUGCGUGAUGAUAUCUGCAAUGAUUAUAUUUCCAACUUACUACGUCAAGGUAUCACGAAUGAAAAAAGUUUACUAAACACCUUUAGCUUAAAUGAAUUAUCUCACCUUGUUCAACAUAUUUGCAUAUACCUGAACAAAAUAUUAGCAAGUAACAAUGCCUACUUAUUUAACAAGAAGGUAACGCUGAAUUUGUUGGGGUUACUAAAAAAGAUAAAGGCCAUUAAGAACAUGCAAGGGGAUCAUAACUUAAUCCUCUUUAAGGACAAGUUGGUACACACACACAUGGAAGAAGUUCGUAAGUUUCUUACUCUCCUGGAUGAACGCAUAGAUAGCCACAAUAUACAAAUUAACAUUAAUGAAUUCCACAAAAGGCUUACGAGCAUUUUGCAGGAUGGAACGCGACCCAACGGCGUGAAGCGACCAAAUGGGUCGGAAGCCUUACCGGGGGGAAAGCGCGUGCGAAGUGGUUAA